GUUUUCAUUAAACCUCAGAGUUGGUGAGGGAUUAACUGGUUGUGUAAUACAUUGGCUCCCUCAUAGCAGCCAAUUAGCACAUCUGGCCCUGCUUCAGUCAGAAGAACAGUCACUGCUAAUGCAACAGUCAAUCAGGUAACUGCUAUUUAACAUCGCAAAAUCGGUCAGGCCCAAAGGUGUCAGGCUUCUACACAUCCCUCUAAUCAGCUGUCUCUGGCUAGCUGAGUUUGCCCUAUUCUCAGUGGCUUCGGGCCAAGAUGCAGUGUUUGAGCUGGUUAAACCGCCUGUCAGUAUGCCCUGUCAUUGAGAUAAUAGCUGUUUUCUGUCUGUUUUUGUUCAGCCUCUAGGCAUUUGUCAUAAUAUGUAAGUCUUUGUGGUUUACUGCAGGGAGAUUUACCUGCAGCCAGUUCUGCCUCGGGGAACUGCUGCUGUUGUAAUGGAGCUUAAGGACAAACUAAAUAGAUUAAGUGAUAUUGGAGUAGUUUAUAUAUUUUAUAUUGAUUUUAUCUUUUGUUGUUUGUUCAUUCUUUAAAAAAAACAUAUAAAGAUAAGAUAAGCUGACUUAUUAAGUUUGUUUCAGCACAGGUUGGUACAGUAGUACAGAGUUCAGCAUAUUUCUGAGGUCUUGUUGGAUUAACAUUUUUCCAUUUCAGCAGCAUGCCAGGUCACCUUUCACAGAGGAUCGGCUGCAUGUGAUUUUAGAUUCUGAGUGAUUUAUGUAUCCAGUCAGACGCACACACGCUCACACAAAGAGAUGCCAAAAAGCACCUCUUUGCAUUUUAACUCAACUAUUUCUUUUUCCACCCCCGGAACAAUAAAUCUCCUGUCUUACUGCAUAUGUUGGUAUCUGCAGCAGAUUAGCCGGCUGAUUUGAACUCUAAGGGUGGAGGCUUUUCUUGGGGAAAUGACCUGGCUUACUGCUGGCGCCCCUGGCUCUGCCUCUUUGAGGUGAAAGGGCUUAAUCAGCGCUUUUUUUUCACUGUUUGCAUGUGUUCACAAGUUUAGGAGACAUGCUCCAGGGUGAUGGAGUUCCAUAUGGACAUGUGUGUAGAGAAGAGUCAUCCCAAAUAUCUUGUAAAACUGAGGAAUGUGGUGGGAAAACAUCCUGUCACUAUGUCAUGUAACUUUGUUUUAAGGGGUGAUCUGACUAAUGAUGAAUCCUUUCUGGUGACCUCUGACUCACCUCAGUGUUAAAGAGCAGAAGAAUUUGUGUCCUUUUAAUUAAUGUGUCUGAGUGAGUAAGUAGCCUGCAACGUAACGCCGGUUUCCUGUUGAGGGGUCGGCUUGUAGUUUGCUCAGCACAAGGAAGGAUACACGCAUCACAACAGCGCGGGCAUGAGCGCACUGGAGAGGAGACUGGGGUGACUUUUGUUUUUUCUUCCACACCGUAUUUUGUGUGGAGCAGAUUCCGAUUGACUGUAAACAGUUUUUCCCAGACAUAAACGCAACCAUCAGGGGAAUUUGUGGCUGAAAGUCACAUGGAGUGAAACUUUGGGAUUCUCUCUGUUGAGAACACAGGAAACUGCAGCCAGCUGUGAUCUUUGGAAAGGAGACCGACUUCUGGCGUGGAAAGAAGCGCUUUAUUUUCAAAGUAGGGAAUAUUCUCGCUUUGAUAAGGACCCCCACAGCAACAACAACAAAAAAAUGACUUGAAGAACCAAAAAUAUUUGUUGGAUAUUUUAAGAAUUUCCUGGAGAGUUAACAGUUGUCCACUGAUACAUGAAAGGUUUGCGCAGUCUGUUUUAAAAGCAGGUCUUUUUGAACUGUGCUCACGCGUGUGACCCUGAUCUAUGUAUAUUGAGUGACUCUUUUGGGAUACGUGAUAUUUUUUUAAAAAAGUUAAUCGUACAAAAUGAGUCAAAUAUGAGUAUUUCCACUGUUUAAAUGUUUCCUGAAGCACCUCUUCUUGAAUUAAGCCGGUUUUCUGUGAUAUUUCGGUGUACAUUCCCACUCUUACUCCACUCUGACACUGUAAUUCUCCAUUUAUUAUCAGGCUAUUAAGAUGAACAAAGCUCUCUGCCCCGCUGUGCUUGCGUGCUGGUGCGGUAUUUGCUUUAUGUUUGUGUUUGCUUUAUGGGCGUGAGUUCUGCUUUGGCAGUCUCUCUCUCUCUCUGUCCUCCGUUCCUUAUUUUUUAAGAGUUAUUAUCAACACCAGAGGCGCGUCGUAGGGGUUAAUUUAGCGCCGAGUUGGGCAGCGUGAGGGCGCACACAGUGGAGUAGUUGUGCCUAUCAUUCCCGCAGAGGCGAUGCCCUUUUGUGGAAAGGUCUCUUGUCAAAGAGGACAGACGGCGUUCACAGUCGGGACACAGAGACACAAAGAGAACAAUUGCAUUUUAAAAGCCUCCAUUCUUUUCCAGCUGCCGCUGGGUGUUGACUGUGGGUGUUUGAGAGGAUCGUUGUCGCCCGGAGAGAAAAAGUACAGAAGAAGAAUACGCGCCGUGAACGAGUUGGGGGAAUUUUAUGGACAGGGUUGCUACAGUGCAGUCGAUGCUGUCAUCCACUCCACCUCUUGUCUGCUUUCCCGGUCCUACUAGGCUUGUUUUGGAUGCGGAGAGGAACUUUUACGCGUUGUUUUACGCACUGAUUUCUUUCUUAAUCAUUGACGACUGAACAGGACACUGCCAUAAUGAACUCAAUGUCCCCGGUUCCUGCGGGGUAGGGGUCUGAACUCGACAACUUCAAAAAUAAGUCAAUCUUUUCGUUACCUGCCUAAAGGAUGCCAGUUGAUAAGCACGCAAACAUGGAGGAAAAACUGUGGAUACUGGAAGAUCUCAAUAUGAUGUACAUUCGUCAGAUUGCGCUCAGUUUGCAGGUAAAAGAGCAGAUUUAAUUUUGUUAUUGGCAAUCGCCUCUGUCUGACUUUUGCAAGCUUGUUUUAUGUUUGUUGCUGGCAUUGCUGUGUCUAGUUUACAGCAUUUCAAAGUUGGGUAUGUUAGCAAAAGUGUUUUGUUUUGGGGGGGUUUUAAUUAAUUUUUGUGUCCCGAUUGAUCAACUGUGAGCACAACCAGUUUGGCCGAUAAAUGAAAUUCUACUUUCAAAUAUGUGCUCCCCAAAGUACAGUGCAUCCUCUGUCUGCAGUCUGCAGCUGUUGCAAAGUUUACAGAGGGGUUGUUUGAGGAAUCUUUCUAUGUGACAAACAAGUUGCACUGACGCUGGUGCGGGCUCUUCUUUUUACAGAUGGCAAAGCUCUUACUGACAGCAAACAGAAAACAACACUGCAUGCCAUCCAUCUCUCCCUCAGUGUCUCCCCUUCCAACUGGGGUUCACACACAGUCCACAGCUGCACAUGUGGGCCUCACAAGUCCCUGUGGGAGUGUGCAUGCAUGUCUGUAUGUGAGAAAGAGUGUGCUAUUGUGCUCCGAGUAAGACACAGAAGGGAAUCAAUCCGUUUAAUUUGACAAAAACUUUAUUGAGCAUGCACUAUCUAACCUCCGUCCUUUUGCAAAUCACCACUGUCUUUGUUCCUCUUUCCUUUUUGGAGGAAAUACCUGAAGAAUGAAUGCUUCAUUCAAUAGAGUUAAAAGGCAGAAGAGACAUAUGGCCAUUGGAAAUGCUACAGGAAUGUCAAAGAGAUAUUCUAAUAUACUUUCUUUUCUGUCUGUAUAAGCUGAAAAAAAAUAUUGCCUGUCUGUGCUGCAGCUGUGUCAGAGGUUUCAAAAGCAGAGAGUUUGUUUCUCACCAUGUCAACAGAACUCUAGUCCAAAAAGUCUUACACUGUGUGACAUGGAAGCAAUAUAAGAGGUGAUAUUACUCAUGCUGUGUUGUACCUGCAAGCAUUUGGCAUUGUUUUUGAAUUUGAAGUGUUUCUUUGUUUGUGUACCCAUGCCAAGUGCCACAGAGCAUGCCAGGUGUCUGGCUUUUCAUCACAUAAGGGAAGAAGCUAUGAAGUCAUGGAGACUGCUGCCAACUCCAGGUUAAGUGAGGCCUGGUAUAUUCUUUUUUUCUAGGAUGCUUUGGUUUUUCUGACUCUUGAACUGUCUUUGAAUGUAUCAUUCAAUUUGCUCAAGAAUAUCUUUAUAGUAUGUGUGCCUAAAAAUAGCUACACACGUUCUUAAUGACAACGUGAUCAAACACUAAUCAGGGUGUUAGUUGCUGCUACAGAGGCUCUUUUGAUGAAGAAUGCUGUUUACUGCUUGGACAUAGAGCAGAAAAUGGUGCGUUGUCUGAGUAUUAAAUCUAAGGCAUUACUGUGGAAUGUAGAUAACGAGGAGUUUCUGUCUCAAGAUCUUUGUGCUUGUAAGCAUUGAGCCGUCUCGGUUCCAGUUUAAUUUUUGUAAAUGCAAUUACAAGGGUAGACGUGUGCAAUAACAAGAUGAUGGCCUCUAAUUCAGUCAUGUGGGAAAGUUUUCUUGUUGCUUCCCCUGCUUCACAGGGAGUUCAAAGGUGAAGUGUCAGCUGCAGAGAGGCUUUACUCUGCAUUAACCUGUGGGAAUUUCAGUGUGGUGGAUGGCCUUGCUCCAUACUUUUGACUGGUAAACACUCAGUUGUUUGCUCAAAUGCUCAUUCAUUCACCCGCCCCCCUGCCACAAUUUCUUCUGUGCCUGGGUGGUUUUAUGAGACAAGGAUUCUUUGACUGAGAUGCGCUGCAUGGCCCACACUGACUGCAAUUUCAGCUAGCUAUGGAUGUUUUUUGCUCCAGGGUCUUUCAUAAGUGUCCUUUAGGAUCAUCAGAGCUUGCAGUUAUUACAUGUGAGCCCUUUUCUCCUCCAUGUGAUUUUUUUUUUCCCCCCCUGCGGCAACAUAACUUAUAUGUACAACAUAUCUGAGGGAUGUAGAGGUAGUCCUUCUUUGUUAUAGAUUUUCUUCACUGAUUAUUUCAGAAGAGAAGAGAGCAUUUCAAAAGAAAAAAUUAAGGAGAUUGCACAUAGGUGUACUGAGGCGCUGAGGCAUUAUUCAAGCAUUUAUAAUUGUAGAGUUAGGAGGGAGGAAGGAACGUUUAUUUUCAAGCUCAGUAGGAUGCAACAUUUCUCCUCUUCAUGUUUUUACAAGUCUGUUAGAGUAGCUGUUGCUACAUUCGUGGUUCAGAUGUUUUCAAUAUUCUGUCUCUUUUAUGAGGCCGUACCAUAGUUGUGGUAGUUUCUUCUUUAGCUCUAUAUACAUGUUAAAAGCAUUUGCGUUGCAGGAUGCAGGAUUUACCCCAAAGGAGACAUAGCUGAUAGGAAAACAGGAAAUGGUCAUGAGUAGUUAUUGUUUCCCACCAGGAGAGACAACAUGAUGUCAUCGAACCCAUUGACAUUACUGGUCACAUAUCCCCCAUACUAAGCCGGAUAUAACUUUUUUUUUCUUAUUUACUUCAUACUGAUUGCUAGUUUCUGGUCUACUUCUUCUUCUGAGUUGCAGAGUUAAAUGGUGACAUUUGCAACUAUUCUUCUGAGGUCUUGUUUUUUUGCUCAAGUUGCAAAAUGAGGAUUUGUGCACAGCGCUUUAGCCUGUAGGUCAGUCAUUGUUUAGGAAAAUACAAUUCCUUCUCUGUGUUUGUUGUCUUCCUGCUGCUUUUCAUGCCGGUGAUGUCGUCUGAUUAAAGAAUAAUGAGAUUCUCUUUUUCUGGAUUCUGCCACAGUUGUUAGAUAUGUUGAUAUGAUGACCCAGCAUCAUUUGCUGAACAUGCGGAGAGCACAAACUGGAAGCGUAGACAAGUAAAGUCAAAAACAGCUGCUGAAGAGCAGCAGUGACUUUAGUCAUGCAGUCAUGGUCAGUCAUCUCUAACCCCGGUUAACUGUGAGCUCAUAUUGGGGGUGGUGGGGGGUCAUAUGGGAGUUUCUCUCUGCCUUACCCGAGAGUCGUAUUCGAUUGGUCACACGCUCCCAAAACCUAAACUUAGCUGAGGCCGUGCCUCAGAUAUUUUUACAGAUUCUGGACUCUGCCAUAAAUAUCCAUCGACUCAUAUUCACGUCUCUUCGUCUGUUCAUCUGUCCCCUUGUGUGCAUGUUGUCAUGUGCUUGAGAACAUGCUUCAGUUAUAUAACCACACACACAGAAACACAAAGUGUGCGCUCCGGUAGCAGAAAUUUCUUAGCUCCGAGCCCUUUAGACCCCACCAAUGCCAUUUCUAAAUGGAGGCGGUGUUGGAGGGGCAAAGGCCAGACUGAUAGCAGUUAAUCCGUAUCUGCCUUGGGACAGUAAACCAGUAUCUUGGGCCCUGUAACUGGAGGGUUUGAGGCGCCAAUGACGAAUGUGUAGCAAGAGCAAAGGUUAAUCUUUCUUUCGUUUUUUUUAAUGGACAGAAAUGGUGCAGAUUUAGUCAUUCCACUGGCGUCCCUAGACUAUAGUUUUUGCUAUUUAAUGUUUUUUUUUUCUGUUGUUAUUCUCCUUCAUCUUGUUCUUGUGUUUCUGAUCUAUAUUCAUUUUCACCAUAAAUUUAAUCAGUAUAUGUUUCAUUCAUCCUUUUGUCUAAUGAAUUUCAGCAUUCAAGCCCACCAUACCCCGCUAAUGAAGCACCUAGUCAGUAGAUGAAAUCUGCAUGCGCGUUCAUCUGUAGGUGCGCACGUGUGUUGGUUCAGCCGGGAGGCUCAUAGCCUGUGUUACAGCAGACACAAGUGGAACGUAUGCUAAAGCUAACAGCACUUGUUCACUUUUGAUACAGGAUACACAAGUCAAGUCUCAGCCAAAACACAUUCCUCUGCAACAGACCACUUGAUUGCGCUCCACUGCUUGCUGUGUGUGUAUCUUUGUGCUUCUAAGAAUGUGUGUAAGUAAAUAUUUGCAAAGAGUAAUGAUCCACUACUGUGAGCUAUUUAAUCUUUUAUUUGAUUAGAGACCUUUGGUUUAAUGCCCUGGAUUUCAGUGUCAGUGUAAGUUGUUAUUUAGCUGUUUUCAUUUGAUCUGAAUUAAGAUGAAAGGUGUUGAAGCGAUUUUCUACAACCUCAAAUGGGUGGAAAUAGCCGCACUUAUUUACUUAUAAGAAUCAUGUAUAUGUGUUUUAGCCUGAUUGCUGUGUGUUUUUGACUUCUGUGCCAUGGAUUACUACAGUACCUUCCAGUUCUUUCAGUGCUGUAUGCCAAAAGCAAGCACAGUGUGUAGGAGCUAGAGGAGAAAGGGGGCUUUGUAUCACAUCACACACACACCCAUUUCUUCCCACCGAGCCCUCUUCUUUCUUGGAACAGCACGUCUAGCUCCUUACUCACGGCCAUCCAGCUAACGUCAAUACUGCUGACUGCAGUCCAAAUCAGGUGGCUCCCCUCCUCACGCUUGCACCCCAACAUUCCCUGUCCCCCAUGGUUAUUACCACAGUGCUGUGCACCUCAGUCCUCACCCCAGGCAUCGCCCAUUCAGCGGUUAGUAGGAACAGAACAGGUCUGAAUAGGCGCUCUGUGCGAGCAGGAACCAGUUAGAUGCUGGAGCCUGAGCCAGCUUCCUUUGAAAAACAGCAGGCGUGAGCCAGGAGAGUGAGAAGCAGAAAACAACAUGCCAAAAGGUGUUGUUAUUGGAACAUCGACCUGCCUCCCUGCAUCUUUCAAGCCUGCCUCAUUUUGUCAUUCACUUUCCUAUCCCUGCUAUUUGUCUCCUAAGCUAUUUGAUAGCCUCACUUUGCCGUUCUCCUGUCUGCGCAACCGCCUCAGCUUUUGUCGCUUUGUUUUCCCCCCACGUUGUGUUUUAUCUAGCCCUCAAGCUUCACCUUUCUUUAAUCCUCCAAAGAAAAUUGGAGCUUCUUGAACUUGCCACUACAGGCAUGAUUCAAGCCUGCAGACUGGAUUUGAAUCUCUGCUUGACUUUUUGUGCAUUCAAGCUCACAAGUCAGUGUCAAGCGUAGGUAUUUAAAAUGGUGUGUUCCAUUUGUAAAAUGUGAAAUUAAAAACAUCUGAGCGUGCCGGGGCUGGUGGCGCAGGCUGGUGGCGCAGGCUGGUUAUCAGAUGGUGGGAGCACACGUUGCGUUAAAAAAAGAAUAUUUGGUUGUGUGUUUAAUUAAGCCUGUAGAUGUUGCUUUUGUGUUUGCGUCCAUAUGGAUACAAUUUAAGCUUGCGAGACGAAGUCUGCAUGGUGUUCAUUAUUGUGUGGAAGUUUAUGAGUCUUGCAGACCAUUUAUUUUAUGUCUUUGAUGAGGUUUAUGUACUGUAUGUGUGGGAUCUUUGCAGUGUGGAUGAUUGUGUUCAGUUUAUUUAUCUCCAUCGUGUGCAUCGCUGUUUUUUGAUCUUUGAUUGUCUUAAAAUUGCUUGCAAUAGGAGCUCCAUCAAACAGGUGGAAGCUUAACGUGAUGGAGAACAAGUAUGAACAGUUACCCCCAUUAAACCAAUCCAUUACCCAGUGUGAAUUCCCUUGCAGAAAGCAUGACUAGCAUCACUAAUAUACAACCCUUAAAGAUGUCUCUUCAGGAGCAGCAUGAGUUUGUGUCCCUGUGUUUCUACAGCAGUCCAAAGUGCCUAAUUGAAUCACUACUAACUGCAGGAUGCUUUGCCACUGAGUUGCAGCAUGCUUCUGAAGCGGUGUCACUGGUGGGUGUCUGUGUUUGGCAGGUGGAACAACUCUGUCAGCAUUUGCAGAGCUGCUGUCUGACCAUCUGACAGUUCUGUCUUCAUCAAGGACAAGAGGGAUCUAUUUAGCACUCUGAUUUUCACAUCAUCUGUGAGACCUAGUAUAAUAGAUUGUGGCUUGGCUGCUUUAUUGUUAAUGUUUGACUCAUACAAAUGUAAAAUGACAGAAAGCAACCUGGCCAGCUUGUGUUUUAUGCAGCUUGUCUCGGUUCUGUGGGUAGACGAUGAAUGGCUCUGCUGUAAAGGGAAACCUAAAGGCAUAGGGGAAUUCCAGGGUUUGGAGGCGGGACACAGCAGAAGCUGGGGCUUAAGACUGAGGUAGAUCUGAGAGCCAAGGCUGCUGAAUGGGGCCUCUUGUUGUGGUAGAGGGGUGUUGAUUGGCAUGGCGGAACUGUAUGCCUCCCCCAGCCACGUCCCACACAAACUCUACUAGAUCAAAAAAAAAGCACAGUGUCUCAUCAUGAUGAUCUCACUGGAAGAAACUCUCCAGCUAGAUGAUGUCAUGCUACUGUUUUGUAGUUGGGGUCAAAAGCUCAGGGUGAUAAUAGGAGGGUGUGUGUGUUGGAUGGGUGUAUAUACUCCUGCUGGAUGAAUUUGACUGGAGCUGUUGUUCUAAAAUCUUUGGUUUUAAUCUCUUUCCUUCCUGCUUACACGUACACAUAUGCAUACAGUUGUGAUCAAAGCUUUACAUCCGCUCAUCAUGGGCAUGAAUAUCAUGGUAAUUUGGGGCUUUUAAUGAUUUCUUUCAACCGUUCUUGUUCUAGGGUGAAUGAUUGCACAGCAUACAUUUUUAAUGACUUUAAACCAAAAUUGGGUGCACACGGUUGGAUUUAUUUGGGAUUUUCUCUAAUCUGCACAGGGUGAAAUGUAUACAUACACUUGCACUAAUAUUUUGUUAAAUGUCACUUAGCACGUCACACCUCGACCAGAUGCUUUUGGUAGCCAUCAGCAAGCUUCCAUCAUGCUACCACCACCAUGCUUGACAGGUUGUACCGCGGUACAGUGUUCCUCUUAGUUAACUGCGAUGUUAAACUCACUUCACUGUGGACAGUGACACUGAUGUCACAGGGACAGCUUUGAUCACCAACUGCGAGGACAUCAGCUGUGUGUGUUGUUAUAGGCAGGUAAUGAGUUUCCAUAUGUCACAAUAUCUGUUUCCAAUCUUAUCUCCUUUAGGAGAUGAAAAGGUUAAUCUAGCUUAUCCUCACCAGGACUAAGAAGGUGGAGAGGGAUUCUUAUUGGCUCUGUAGAGGAGCAUGUCUCAGUAUUAUUGGCUGAGACAGAUAGUUAACUCUGCCGAAGACGCCGCCUAAACCAGUCUUUUCUGAAGCACUGUGUCAUGGGUCAGCACGUCCCCAUGCACAGACGGUCACUGGGUUAUUACACAACUACACGAGUCAGUUCACUGAGGCGCUAUUUCAGGCCCAUAACAACACACACAGCUGAUGUCCUCACAGUUGGUGACCAAAGCUGUGAAAUCCAUGAAGAUUGACAGCGAGUGUAUAUAUAGCUGAAUGCGAUCACUGUUGAUGCAACUUGCAUAAUAUUCCAGGCAGUGUGCUUUAUCACGCUGGCUGUUAGAUUUCUGGUGUUUUAGUGAUAAUGAAUGUCAGGGUCAAUAUUUUUAUGUCUUUAGCAAAAUAAUAAUUGAAAUAACAUUUUAUAUAACUCAGAUUUACAGGCUGCUGAAGCUCCACAUAACUGUUACAGCUGUAUUUAAGAUACACAGUCAUGAAAGAUGAAUAAAUGCCAUCUCUCAUUUUAUCUGUGUCUUUUGAAACUUCUGACAAAUUAAGAAAAGGAAAUGAAAUAUCAAUUUGCAUAUAUGCAGCUUUAAUUUAUAUAUAUUUGGUCUACAUCUGGCAUUUAUGUGAAAGCAUAUGUCUGACUCUAUAUAUAUCUAUCAGGUUUUUCAGGAAAGAAAAAUGUCACACUGAACAUGUAAAGGUCUCAAACUUUCAUACAGCCAUACAGUGCCUGAGGCAGCCUGACACUGGGAGCAGAUCAAUGACCCCGUUUGUCUGUAGAGGUUGUCGUGUUCUCUUAAGGCCAGCAGGGGUCUUGUAGGCUCACCAUCUUGAAAACAGAAGUUGGUUAAUUCCCUGCUAUAUUAAAAAAAAAAAAGGUUUGGGAUUCAUUCAUCAUGCUUGAUUUCUCUAAUAAACUAAAACUUAACCUAAUAAAGCUGUGAUUUUGAUUUAGGUAGAAUAGAGCAAAAGCAGCAGUUUCUAUUUCAAAGUUGUGUAUGCUACAGUUUCGUUUAAGCUACACGAACAAUAGUAUUUGGGUAAAUGAUAGACUAUAAGUACUGUGACACAGCAAAGCAAACAAUCAUCUAACUUACUAAUAACUUAAUUUUUUUUGUGACUACUGGUAAAGAAAUCAGAGCUUAUUCGUGGGGUUGGAUGUUGUGGGUUAGUCUAUGUAAAACUGCCUCAACCAUCAUUUAAUAUCCUUUUUUGUUUUUCAUAUACUACCGUCCUUUAAGCCAUGAUUGUAAUUAAGAUUUCAUUCUAGUUCAAGCUGAUGAAAAGAUUGCAAAUCAAUCUGAGAACGUCCAGAAAAUUGCUCUAUAAUUAGAUGCACGACUAUAAAAGGCUCUCGGCAGAAAGGAAAGGAGCUGAGGACAUACAGUAACGGCAGAAAGGAAGGGAAAUACUUGUUUGGGGAUGAGGGCUGUUGUUAUAGAGUCAAUAGGAAGUGCUUGAAUCACAGAGGGAGAGAGCUGAGGAGGCCAGUCUGGCUCGAGGAAUUUCCUCUCAUCCUGUGAAAUGCAGCGUAAUGACACAAAUGCUAUCAUUCAUUCGGCUGGUCCGUCUGAGUUAUGCAACAUUAGAAAGCUGAACCUGACCCUGUGAGCAUCCUAUCUUUUGCCAUACUCAGUGUAUGUACUGCCAUUUGCUAAACAUGCACAGUUUAACCUUUUUCUUAAUUUUUUUUUUUAUGUGGUAAAUCUUUGCAUCAUUGUUUUGGUGCUGGUACUCAUGUUUGUUGUUCCCUUUCAACUGCGAGUGAAAAUUUGCCCCAGACAGCAACUUUUAAGGCUGGCUCCUGCGCAGCUAGUUGCUGAUUAAAUCUUAAUCUGAUUAACUGUGGGAUAUUUACAGCUCUGAGUGUUACGCUAUCAAGGCUCAUCUUGUUUUUGUUGCACGAGACUAAACUCACAGAGAGAUGACAGGACUGGAGGCAAAUUUUAAGUACAGUAUGGGUAUGGUCACAUAUUUGUUUGGUACGUGGUGCAUUCGGCUUUUGUGGGGGUGUCCUCUGCUCCCACAGCAAAUGUCCUCAGCUAGAGCUAAAGAGCUGUAGUCCCCCAUCCAGAUGCACAGAUGCAUCAUUGCCCUGUUGGAAUGGACUUUGUUGCUCUAUUGCUAUUAGCCAAGACUGCCCACAGACUGACUCUCUCUUCCUCCAUCCCAAUCCUCCUACAUGUCAUCUGCUGCAUCUUCUGACUGCAUGCCUCAUUCCACUUCUCAGCCCUCCCACAAAUAACACAUAACAAAACAACUGCGUUUUUUUGUCUUCAUUCCCCGAGACUGUAUCCAAUCCACUGCUCUGGCAUCUCGGAAAAUAUUAAAACAAAACUAGGGCCACUUUUGAUGAUCUCUGUUUAUUUCCUGCAGAUAUACAGUUUCAUAAUAUCCUCCUUGUGUUUUAACAAAUAAAAAACAUCCUGAACGUUCUAUUAUUAGUUUAGCAGCGUGAAUUUCCUGGAGCCUAACUCAGUAGUUAGCCGAUGCACCCUCGCUUUAUUCCCACACCUAAUUCUGGCUGGACUCAUCUGUGUUUUCCAUUUCCGUCGGCCCACAAAUCACUCUCAUAUAUCAUCAGCUGACAAGGUGAUGCGCUCCGCUGCUCCACAACUUCCCAGAGUGCCUGCAUGGGUUAAGCAAUGAGCAAAGGCAGUGGGAGGCAUGCAAAGACAAAAUGCAGAGGGAGAACCAUACUUGUUUUUUUUUAGUUUGUCCAAAUUGAUAAAUUGCUCUGUCAGUGGAGUUACACAUGCAUGUCUGCUUGUGUUGGCUGCCAGCUAAUGUUAUUUUAUCCACAUUGUGAUGCCUUUAUUGAAAAAUUCAAGCUACAGUUAAGAUUAAGCAGCUCAUUAGUGCAAUAAUUUAUGGUAUGCUAGUAGUAGAGUGUCUGUAGUACAUUAUUUUUAAUACUAAAUAGUAUUGCAUAAUGUUCUAAUAGCAUACAUAAAUGUGACUGUGCCUCUUAUCAGAGAGUGACCUGCUGCAUAUAAAUGAAAUUCAUUCCAUUUAUAUGCUGAACUAAAAAGGCUGCAUUUGUCAGUAUGUCUCAGCUCUGUGGAGGUUUUGCAGCAGCAGUUUCGUGCCCUCGAAAUCUUUGCAAGCAGUUCAUAAAAUAAAACAAAGGAUUUGUGUGACUUUUUCCUUUAUUCUGCUUUCUUGAAAAAUCUGUUAUUAAUGUAUCCUGACUCUUAUAACCACUCACUAUUUGAAUUGCUGAAGCAAGGACAUGAGAGAAGAUGGAUGUUUUGUCUGUGCUGUGCAACAGUCCAAAACAGCAUAUUGACAGUGCUUGUGAAAAAAAAAAAGUUGAGUCAUAACUUAAAAGAGAAAAAAUCCCUUUGCCACCGUGUAGGCGGUCCAGGCACAAAGCAGCCACGUUAGAGUUUACGAACACACUUACAACCCACUUUAACUUUUGGCCAAAUUUGGAGCUGCCAAAAAAUCCUGCUCUUGUCAGUUAGUCCUAAAUAUUUUGUAAGAUUUUGGAAGAGUCCCAUUGGAAAAGAAAUACGUGUCUGCGUAGAGGCCUCUGUAUUUCAUGACAACAAACUGCUGAACGGUUUUUUUAGAGAUAUGUCUGACAGAUUUAUUUAAAUAUUUUUUUAUUACAAGCCAACAGCUUAUAGGCCAACAAGUCAUUUAUAAUAAUUGAAAUUCCCGCAAACAUUUUUUUUUUUUUUGGUGGGGGCAAAUACGCAAGUCGUUUUUUGUCAUUACCCCAUGGCAGUGUCCUUGUGAUGCUGCUCCCAAGGGACCCGCGGAGGUUUAAAAUGACAGUUCACUUUUCUCUGCGCGCAGCUACACACAGACACACACACACCCGCCUCCUCAGAAGCGGCUCUCGGUUGGUCCAUCAGCCGGUCAGUCUUCAUCCUUCCCUUGUGCUGGUGAUGUUGUGUGUGUGUGUGUGUGUGUGCGAGUCCCGAGUGGAGCAGCGGAGCUACUCGGACAGCGACAAUGAAGACGGUGACGGGAAUGAAGACGGCGCAGACGGGCUCAAACAUAUGACCGCCAUUCGUUCUCCCACCAAAACCAGCGAGCUUUGUGGUUUCUGCGCGGAUCCUUAAAACUUCCAAAGCCAAUUAGCGGUACCUAUUUUCGGCUUUUCAGUGGAUAUUUCAUCUUGCCCAUAAAUGGAGGUCCCUCAAAGGGAAAAACUGAGUUGAGGUCUUUCACGUUGUGCGCGUGCGAGACGCUGAACGGACCCUGCUGUUGCGUAAAGCCCCCGUGCUUCCAGUUUGGAGAGUUGGAGGAGAGCGGAGUGCUUCUCUUUGGUUAGGAUGAAUAACUCAAAGAAUCAAAGGGACAGCGACAUUCAGAAGAAGAUUGAUCAUGAGAUCCGAAUGCGUGAUGGAGCCUGCAAGCUGCUGGCUGCCUGCUCCCAAAAAGACCAGGCUUUGGAAGCGGCAAAGAGUCUACAGACAUGCAGCACUCGUAUCAUGGCCUACAUGUCAGAACUGCAGAGGAUGAAGGAGGCUCAGGUCAUGCAGAAAGUCACACGCAGAUCAUCAGAUGCAGGGCCGAUGGACGACAGGCUCCCAUGUAAAGGAAAAGUCGCCAUCUCAGAUCUUCGGAUCCCUCUCAUGUGGAAAGACACGGAGUACUUCAAGAACAAAGGAGAGCUUCAUCGAUGUGCGGUGUUCUGCCUGUUGCAGCUGGGAGAAGAAAUCUUUGAUACAGACAUGGUGAUAGUAGACCGGACACUCACCGAUAUUUGCUUUGACAACACUAUCGUAUUUAGUGAAGCCAGCCCGGGUUUCGAGCUACGGGUUGAGUUGUAUAGCUGCUGCUCAGAGGACGACUAUUCUGCAGGCAGCACACCAAGGAAACUGGCCAGCAAGCUGAGCUCUUCACUGGGUCGAUCAGCUGGGAAGAAACUCCGGGCAGCCAUGGAGCCUGGACCGUGUAGUCCCGUAAGCAACGGAGGGGGAGCCCCUCUCCUGCUGCCAGUUCCCUCUGUACCGGGCCCGAAGUACCACCUCUUAGCCCACACCACACUGUCACUGUCACACGUCCAGGACAGCUUUCGCACGCAUGACCUCAUCAUUUCAGGCAACGAAGAGUGUUCGUACUGGCUGCCACUCUAUGGUAGUAUGUGUUGCCGCCUCGCAGCUCAGCCUCACUGUAUGACCCAACAGAUGAUGAGCGGGUGCUUGAAAGUUAAGCAGCAGUGUGGAGGUGACCCUCAGAGUUGGACAAAAGUUCACGCCGUUCUCAAAGGAACAAACCUUUUCUGCUACUACCGGCAAGAAGAUGUGGAGGCUAACGUUGAGCCAGCUUUCACUAUUGGCAUCAACAAGGAGACCAGAAUACGUGCAUCAGAGAAAGACCCUCUCAGUAAAGUUCAGAAUAUCUGCAUCAGCAACCAUUACGGAGGGGAGGAGGUUACGCACACUGUGACCACAGACAGCCGCGAGGAGACACACCGCUGGAUGGAAGCCUUUUGGCAACAUUUCUACGAUAUGAGCCAGUGGAAACAAUGCUGUGAUGACUUAAUGAAAAUUGAACUUCCAUCGCCGCGAAAACCAGCUCCUAUCACACCGAAACAAGGCUCUUUGUAUCAUGAAAUGGUUAUUGAGUCAUCUGAUGACCUCAGCAGCAACGUGUCAGACAUCCUGGCUCGGAGAAUGCAGGAGCUGGAGCUCCGUAGCCAGCUAGGCACCUCUCCCACCUGGAUGUCUGCGUUUGAGGAGAGCAAUGCCAGAUGUACUGGCCGCUCUCGUCACUGUACUCGCAUGUCUGGCCACAGCCCCUGCACCCCUCAUCGACUGCCUCGGAGUCCUGUGAGUCCUCACCGCUGCCCACAGCUCGGCCUGCUGUCUUCAGACGCAAGUCUGACCUCAGAUAGCGACAGCCACUGUAGCACCAGUCCCUGCUCUCACCACCACGGCUGGCCUGAACCUACUUCCAGCUACUCUCUUUUGUCAUCUUCCCCCUCGCGUCUGAGGCCACGCACUCUUUCUUUGGAUGCUAAGCUCAGCACCCUUCGAGGGAGAGGGUAUGGAGGUGGAGGGACCUUCCAGUGUUCCUGCCAGCCGCCUCCCUCGUCCCUGCUUGCUCCUCUCCCCAUCUCCAGUCGCUCCCCCCGGUCAAAGCACAGCACACAAACCACGCUAUCCUGCUCCAGCUCCACCUCAAGCAACAGCUCCAGCAACAGUGAGGGCAGCCACAGCCCAGAGUCAUCAGAGGGAGGCCCCUUCUCUAGGCCCUCCCCAGCUCGACGCAGCCUAAGAAACCUCAGGGCCAGACUUGAUCCUCGCAACUGGCUCCAGAGUCAGGUGUAAACUUCAUUUCUGACAGUGUUUUUUUUGGGUUUUUUUGCUUGCCUAAAGGCAACAGUGCUUAUUAAACCAUGGUUUAAUUAGCUUAACACACGUGAACCAAACUCAGGCAAUCUGCGAUGCCACAUGCACAGCCCUGAGAAGGAUGCCUCCAGCUUGCCUCUUGGUGGAGGACGAGCCAUGGAAGACCCUUCUUGGGCGAACUGGAAUGUCUUCUAACACAAAAGACAUGUGACAAUCACUGCAGGAGUCUCUGACAUUUGCUUGGUUGCCACAGUGUUUCAAAACAGUCCAAAAGUAUUUGGGAGGUACUCUACUUGCUUUGAGAAUUGAUGGUAAUGCUGCUUGGAAAAAGUUGAUGCUAACAGAUAAGGGCAUGCUCAAAUUCAUGCCACACUAGGUCUACUUUCUGUCUUUGAAAAUCUGAUUUUGAAACUGGAAAAAAUAAAAACAAAGUAAAAAAAAAACACACACACAUUUUGAGUGGCCAGUGAUCUUGGCCACUCAAACAUGUCUGUUAAUGCACUAGUCGUAUUUUGACUGGAUGUUUCCUGUUAUGUUCAAAAAGUUUGCAGUGUUUGCAGUAUAGAAGCCAGUUAGCAUGAGGUAAUAUGAACACACCAGUCAAGAUUUUUCCAAUAUUAGAGACUGCUAUGUGUAGAGGUAAGGGUUAUUUGUCGCCUGUACUGUGAUACUUGUUUCAGUCUACUUAUUAUUCAUUGCUAUUUGUGGGGUCUCCCAGAACGACUAUGCACCAUUUUUGUUUUCAUGCAUGUUUUGACUUGCAGUUAAAAUAUUUCUUCGUCAGAUCAUUUCAAAUGAUUCUGCAAGUGCUCAUACUUACUGUACUAGUUACGACUGUGAUCUCUUCAGGGUAAAAAAUCUGUGCUCUCCUCUUAUCUGCACACUAUUGACAGGCUGCCAUCAGACUAAGUGAUAGAUUUGAAAUAGAUAGUAUUACAUCACACAGUAAUAGAUCACACAGUGCAACUCCUAAGCAAACUGAUUAUAACCAAAGCUCAAUUAUUAUUGAAAACCCAAGCCAUACUAAUCUGCAGCAUUGUUUGUUUUCAGUUUCCAAUCCUGCCGUCCAGCGAUUUAUUAUCACACAACAAAGAAAGAAAACUGAUUUAAUCUUGGCGAAAUUCUAAAAAAACAUUCUAAAAAAAAAAAAAGUGUGCUUACAUGAACUCUAGUCAGUCGCCUUUUUAAUGAUUUCUUAACACUGCCGCCAACUUCUUGUUACAUUUUUGCUAGUUAGACAGUCAGUGCAGUUUCUUCUUCUUACAGAAAACCUUAUAGGAGGGUUGGUGUUGUCAGUGCAGUAAAGCUUUGCCUCUUUUUUUCCCCGUUUCCGUGUUUAUUGUGGACUCUGGAAGCCGUUGCCCUCUUGGGGACUCAGAACUCGAAUCAUUUUUACUAAGAUCUGUCGUACGCUGAACGACAGCAUUUGUUACUGUAAAUUAAUUUUUAUAAGUUAACAAAUAAACCUCCUGUAUUUGUUUCUUUUUUUUUUUUGUUACAUUACUGAAUUUGUUAUAAAUGCAGCUGUGUUGAUAUUUGAUGAUCAUAAUAUUAGAUAACGUGCAGAUCUUUUAACUGUCACAGAUAACAUUGAAUGUUAUAACCUUGGCGGAGUUUCCCGUGUUGGCAGGCUUCGUGUUCUGCAUGUAUGCCAUCCUCGGAGGUGAACUGAAAACGAGAGAUGUGGAAAUCUCGUGUUUAAAUAAUAUAACAUUAAAUAAAUGUUUUAUGAAUUAAAAA